AACAUUCGCUCCCAAACAACAAAAUAUAAUAGUAAAUAAAACAGAAAUAACAAAUUUGUAAAAGGAAAAUAAACAAAACAUUUUCUAAAUAAAAAUAAAAUAAUUGUUUUUACAUUUUAAUACAUUUUAAAGAAAAGAAAAAAAUGAAUACCACUGAACAAUUAGAAAAGCAACAAUGUCGUACAUGUUACAAUGCCACCAAAGGCUUAAAACCUCUGACAGAUCUGACCAAAUGUGGUGGUGGCAGUCAACAGAUAUCCUAUGCUGAACUGCUGGCUGAUAUUUCCAAUAUAAAUAUAAUGGACGAUUUUUACAAUGAAUUGCCACAAUUCAUAUGCGAGACCUGUCAACGGAAAUUGAAAGCAGCCCAGGCAUUUAUACAGCAAACCCAUGAGGUGAAUGAACGUUUAAUAGCAAUGCUGAGUAAUCAAAAGGAUACAUCCGCUGUAGAAUUCACAUGUUUGGAGGAGGCUCCGGUGCAAGUUAAAAUGGAAUUUGAGGACAGCUUGCCAGAAGUAGAACCUGAACCACAAUGGCAUGAUGAACUGAAAGAUGAUGGUGACGAAAUUCCUGCUGGUUUAGUGAGCGGUGUGAGAGAGGGCAAUGAUAGCGGGGACUUUUUUAAAAUUAGUAAAGUAAAUUCUUCAAAUGAUGUACAAAAUGAUAUAACACAAAUGCUGGCACUACUGAAUAGAAAAAUGGAUCUAUUAACACAAAACAAUGAAAUUUUGAAGCAUCAAAUGAGAGAUAUCAAAAAUCAAAAUACUUUAGUGCUAAAUGUUUUAAGCGAAAAUACUGAUGCUAUAGAAAAGUCAUUAAAUAAAAAUCCUAGAUUUUUAAAAAUAUUUCCGAUAAGUACUAUAGAACAAUUAAAUGAAAUAGAAGAGAAUAUUAAUGAACAAAAUGAAAAGGAUUAUAUUUCUUCCAUAAGAGCAAUAGCUGGUCAACGUGGCCUAAAAAAAGGUCUAUCCGAUAUAAUGACGCCCAAACUUUUGGUAGAAUUUAAUGUUGAUGGCAGUCAUAAUAAACAGCGUCUUUUAAAUUACACCAAAUUUGUUAAUGUUUUGUUUCAUGGUACUUAUGAUGAAAAUUGUACUGAAAAGUCGUUUAAAUGUCAUUUAAGAGAUGCUUUAAAAUUAGUUAAAAAUCGUUAUUUUAAAGAAAAAUGUGUAUCUAAGGAUAAGAAUGAUAAUGUAGCCAAGGAAAUUGCAGCUUCUAAAUUGGUUGAUACACAAGAUGUUUCACAAAAUGAGAUCAUUAUAUAAUUAUUUAAUUUGAUAUGUAUUUUUCUUCUAGUAUUUAAAUAUAGUUUGUAAUUUAUUUAUAAUAAAUUAUGUAAAAAACCCAAAAAUUAAUUAUGUAGUAGUAUAU